AUGGCAGCCAAGUGGGUGCGCCCAGCCUUGCUCGGCCUCAUCAUCGCUCUCUCCUAUGCUCGCUCUACUGCUCUGCUCCGCUUCUACUCCGCCCCCAUGCACAUUCUGGAGCACCUGCCGGCAGUAGAUGAAGCGAAUGAAGAUGCAAUUGCCAUCCUUCCAUUCCCCCCUUCUCCCACAACCCAUUUCCCCCUCCUGGACCCAACCCCCCCUCCUCCUUUUUCUUCCCUCAUUCCCCGCAGUGGUCACGGUGUGCUAUGGCAUGGAGUGGCAUCGCUUCGCCACCUCCUUCCUCCUCCCAUCCCCCCUCCACCGAGAGCCGCUUUCAUCGACGAUGGCUUUAAGGGCCUGCUGCCCAUCCCCUUCAACCUUCCACCCAUCCUUUCUCAUAACCCCAGCUCUCACCCUACAACCCAGAGAUGUGCUCCUUACACAGUUGCGUGGUCACGGUGUGCUAUGGCAUGGAGUGGCAUCGCUUCCCCACCUCCUUCCUCCUCCCCUCGCCCCUCCACCGAGCUGCCUUCAUCGACGAUGGCUUUAAUGGUCACGGUGUGUUAUGGCAUGGAGUGGCAUCGCUUCCCCACCUCCUUCCUCCUCCCCUCGCCCCUCCACCGAGCUGCUUUUAUCGAUGAUGGCUUUAAGGGCCUGCUGCCCAUCCCUUUUGACCCGGAACAAGGCGGCACGGAGUCUGCUCCCUCGUACUUCAACGACAAAAACCAAGCCACACCCGAGCAAUUCGUGAGUUGGUGGUUUCAUGGGCCUGCUGCCAUGCCCAUCCCUUUCGACCCGGAAGCAGGGGAGGCUGAAUCUGCUCCUGCGUACUUCAAUGACAAGUACCAAGCCACGCCCGAACAAUCGGUGAGACGGGGAAAGCUGGUGUUGAGUCGGGCCUUCUGGAAAUUCAAGCGAGGCUCCAUCCCGACUGCUCGUCCCCUUUCCUUGCCUCCAACCUCGCCCCCCUCUCGCCCCUCCCUGGCACCGCUGUCACGCCAGCUGGACGAAUGUCUCUGGACAGAUUUGUCUCUGUGCGACCAUCUGGUUGAGCUGUGCCGCGGCACAACUCUGUGCACCUAUCCCUCCAUCCCUUCACCCUGGAUCCAACCAACCUCUCUCUCCGCCUCUUACCCCUCCGUGCCCCUCCCUCCCUGGCACCGCUGUCGCGCCAGCUGCUGGACGAGUCUCUGUGCGGCUAUCUGGUUGAUUUUGCCUACCUGCCGCACAGAGACUCCCCGUUCCUCGUCUCCCCUUCUCCCUGCCGUGUGCUCGUCUCCUUCUCUUGCACCCAAUGUUCCCCUUCCAUCCCUUCUGCCGCCCCUCCCUUUCCCUGCACAUGGGAUCACGCCAGCUGGACGGGUGUUGGCGUCCCUCCCGUUUGUGGACGCCCAGCGCUCCCCGGCUCUCUACCGAGCCUUCUUCAUCCCGGGCCUGUCCGAGAGGCUCGUCAAUUCAUGCGUGACCAAGGGUUACUUCCAGGACCCUUUCGUGAAGCUCUUUGUUCGCCGCCCGGCCAGGCGGUCCCCUGUCAUCCACCGAGGCUACUUCGCCCGCUGGGCUGCUCUGCAGCAGCUCGUCGACCAGUUCCUCUCCGUUAACGGAUCAGCUCAUAACGAGGACAGGGCCCAGACCCCUAGUAGUGAUCAAGAAAGUCAAGGGGAGUCAAGAAAGUCAACAGGGGGGACGGAUGUGACUCUGCAGAUUAUCUCCUUGGGAGCAGGAUUCGACACCCUAUUCUUCCGACUCCAGACAGAGGGCAAAGCCCCCCAUAGGUUCAUCGAAGUGGAUUUUCAAGAGGUGGUAGCAAAGAAAGCCGACAUAAUCAACGCCAAGCCAGAGCUAGCAGCAUGCCUGGGACCAGACGUCAGUCCAUUAGAGGGUGCCGGGCUGCGCUCCUCAAAUGGCUACUCCCUCGUGUCAGCCGAUUUGAGAGACACUGAUAAACUAAACGAGGCGCUUGCAGCAGCUGGAGCCGAUUUUGGGACCAACACAGCAACGUUAUUCCUCUGCGAGUGUGUACUCAUCUACAUGGACGCGCCCAGCAGCCACAGGCUCGUGGCGUGGGCGGCAGAGAAGUUUGGCACGGCGGCGUUUGUCGUCUACGAGCAGAUCCGCCCCGACGAUGCAUUCGGGCAGCAGAUGAUCCAAAACCUGGAGGCUCGGGGCUGCCCUCUGCUUGGUAUCAGAGCCACACCAACACUAGAAGCAAAGGAGAAGAGAUUUCUCGACGGUGGCUUUGAGAGAAGCAAUGCAGUGGAUAUGGACAUGAUAUACUCACACCACAUCGAUCCACAGCUCGUCAGAAAAAUCGAACCACUGGAGAUAUUCGAUGAGUUUGAGGAGUGGCAUCUCAUGCAGGAACACUACUGUAUCGCUUAUGGAAUAAAGGAUGCCCUG